AUGAAGAUUGAUUAUGAAGAUAUGUGUUUUGAAAAACCCGAAGAGGAUAUAACUAAUGAAGAUCUCUCCAGCUGGCUAUUUGAGUACUGGGGUAACCUGGACUCAAGGGUCGGAAAACUCGCAACUGUGGUGGAAAAAAUGUACACCUUUUCCCUGGCAACGAAAAAUUUACACAAGGAGAUGAAAGGCUGGUGCAUUGAGUUGCAUAAACAAAUUGGCAUAGUUCAAAAAAGAAGCGAAGCAUUGAAGUCCUUUGUCGACAAAUCAUCGGACAGAAUUGAAGAUUUGUCUUCUAGCCUCCUAGAAGCCAGCACUACGCAUAGCCUAAGGGCAGUGCCAACAGUUGACAUAGGAGUCGGCACGGAAACUGAGGCUGUUCUGAAACCAAGAAGUAGCGAUGAACAGGAUACUGGACAGCAGACCAGCAGCAAAACCGGCACGAACCAAGGGCAUGGCAGACAACGCCACUUAAAGACAACUAAUGAGAAGAAGAAGAAGACAAAAAUGAAGACCAUCGACGAUCCAAAAAACAUAAGAUCAGAAACCAAGAGUGGAAACCAGAAAGAAGAAUCCCGAAAAAGAACGUUCAAAGGAAAAAAGAAGACUGAAACCAUACUCAUUAAAUCCUCCAGAGUUUCUAGCUACGCUGACAUCACGAGGAAAUUGAAGGGAAACAUUGACGUCAACAAACUCAACGUUGACAUUAAAACGAUGAAAAAAACGGAAGAGGGGACCUCAUAUUGCAAAUAG